GGCGGAGGCAGCGGCGGCGAAGGGGAGGAGGGUUCGCUCGCCGGCUCCGACGCAGACAUGGUGGACUGAUCCCCAGCGGGGCCGCGAACAGCGUUUCCUGAGGCACCUCCCGCGCGUGGUUCCGCCGCGCCCCGCGCCCCUCAGCCCCUCGCCGGCGCCCGCGUCGCGGGUUGGCAGCCGGGCCCGGCAGCUGCGUUCCCGCCGCGUCCCGCGCCCGGUACCUAUGGAGGCGCCGCUCGCCGGCGAGGCCGCCGACCAUGCCUAGGAGGGCCGGGAGCGGUCAGCUGCCGCUGCCCCGGGGCUGGGAGGAGGCCAGGGACUACGACGGCAAGGUCUUCUACAUUGACCACAACACCAGGAGGACCAGCUGGAUCGACCCCCGGGACAGGUUAACGAAGCCCUUGUCAUUUGCUGAUUGUGUUGGGGAUGAGCUGCCGUGGGGAUGGGAAGCAGGGUUUGACCCUCAGAUUGGUGUCUACUACAUCGAUCACAUCAACAAAACCACACAGAUAGAAGAUCCAAGAAAACAAUGGAGGGGGGAGCAGGAGAAGAUGCUCAAGGACUACCUCUCUGUGGCACGGGAUGCCCUCCGGACACAGAAGGAACUGUACCACGUGAAGGAGCAGAGGCUGGCGCUGGCCCUGGAUGAAUACGUGCGAUUAAAUGAUGCCUAUAAGGAAAAGUCAAGUUCUCGCACAAGCUUAUUCUCAGGAUCUUCAUCCAGUACUAAAUAUGAUCCCGAUAUUUUAAAAGCUGAGAUCUCCACUACAAGAUUAAGGGUUAAAAAGCUAAAGAGAGAACUCUCACAGAUGAAGCAAGAACUGCUCUAUAAAGAACAAGGCUUUGAAACAUUGCAGCAAAUUGAUAAAAAAAUGUCUGGAGGCCAGAGCGGGUAUGAACUCAGUGAAGCCAAAGCCAUUCUAACAGAACUAAAAUCUAUCAGAAAGGCCAUUAGCUCAGGAGAAAAAGAAAAACAAGAUCUGAUGCAGAGUCUUGCUAAGCUGCAGGAGCGGUUUCAUUUGGAGCAGAACAUUGGCAGAUCUGAGCCAGAUUUGAGAUGUAGUCCUGUGAACUCUCAUUUAUCUCUCUCCAGACAGACCCUUGAUGCUGGGUCACAAACACGCAUUUCCGGAGAUAUUGGAGUGAGAAGUAGAUCAAAUUUAGCUGAAAAGGUCAGGCUAAGCCUACAGUAUGAAGAAGCCAAAAGAAGUAUGGCCAACUUAAAAAUUGAACUGUCAAAAUUGGACAGUGAGGCCUGGCCUGGGGCAUUGGAUAUUGAGAAGGAAAAACUGAUGCUGAUUAAUGAAAAAGAAGAACUUUUGAAAGAGCUUCAGUUCAUCACCCCACAGAAACGUACCCAAGAUGAAUUGGAACGCCUAGAAGCCGAAAGGCAGCGGCUGGAGGAAGAGUUGCUGUCCGUGAGGGGAGCGCCAAGCAGAGCUCUGGCCGAGAGAUUGAGAUUGGAAGAGAGAAGAAAAGAGCUGCUACAGAAACUUGAAGAAACUACUAAAUUAACUACUUAUUUGCAUUCACAACUUAAAAGCCUCUCUGCCAGCACCCUGUCCAUGUCAUCUGGGAGCAGCCUGGGCUCCCUGGCAUCGAGUCGGGGCUCUCUGAACACCUCCAGCAGAGGGUCACUCAACUCCCUCAGUUCCACUGAACUCUAUUACAGCAGUCAAAGUGAUCAGAUAGAUGUGGAUUAUCAGUAUAAACUGGACUUCCUUCUGCAAGAGAAAAGCGGUUACAUUCCUUCCGGACCCAUCACCACCAUCCAUGAAAACGAGGUGGUCAAGUCCCCUAGCCAGCCUGGCCAGAGUGGACUCUGUGGGGUGGCAGCUGCAGCAACAGGCCACACUCCUCCACUGGCCGAGGCCCCAAAGUCUGUGGCCUCCCUGUCCUCGAGGUCCUCCCUUUCCUCCUUGUCUCCUCCAGGCUCUCCCUUGGUUUUGGAAGGCACAUUUCCCAUGUCUUCUCAUGAUGCCUCUCUCCAUCAGUUCACUGCUGACUUUGAAGACUGUGAAUUGAGUAGCCAUUUUGCAGAUAUCAGCCUCAUCGAAAAUCAGAUAUUGCUGGAUUCUGAUUCAGGAGGAGCCUCCCAGUCUCUUUCAGAGGAUAAAGACCUUAAUGAAUGUGCUAGGGAGCCAUUAUAUGAAGGAACUGCAGAUGUGGAAAAAUCAUUACCAAAAAGAAGAGUGAUCCACUUGCUUGGGGAGAAAACCACUUGUGUGUCGGCUGCCGUAUCUGAUGAGUCUGUGGCUGGAGACAGUGGGGUCUAUGAAGCUUUCGUGAAACAACCUAGUGAAAUUGAAGAUGUCACAUACAGUGAAGAGGAUGUAGCCAUUGUAGAGACCGCCCAGGUUCAGAUAGGACUCAGAUACAGUGCAAAAAGUUCAAGUUUCAUGGUGAUUAUAGCACAGCUCCGAAACCUUCAUGCCUUCUUGAUACCUCAUACUUCAAAAGUAUAUUUUAGGGUUGCAGUUCUUCCUUCCUCAACUGAUGUCAGCUGUCUGUUUCGCACAAAAGUUCAUCUGCCCACAGAAUCCAUUUUAUUCAAUGAUGUGUUCAGAGUCGCCAUUUCCCAAACAGCCUUACAACAGAAGACACUGAGGGUAGAUCUUUGCUCUGUCAGUAAACACCGAAGGGAAGAAUGCCUGGCUGGAACUCAGAUCAGCCUGGCAGAUUUACCAUUUUCCAGUGAGGUUUUCACUCUGUGGUAUAACUUGCUUCCUUCCAAGCAAAUGCCUUGCAAAAAGAAUGAAGAAAAUGAGGACUCCGUAUUUCAACCAAACCAGCCGUUAGUAGAUUCUAUAGACUUGGAUGCAGUGUCAGCCUUACUUGCAAGAACAUCAGCUGAGUUGUUAGCUGUGGAACAAGAAUUAGCACAAGAAGAAGAAGCAGAAGAAUCAGGACAAGAAGAGCAAAGGGGUCCAGAUGGAGACUGGUUAAACAGUUAUUUCCUUUGCUAUUGGGAACUCAAAGAUGAUGUGUUUACACGUCUUACAAUGAAACCUUUGCUAACAAUGCUAAGAGAGGCCUCUGACGAAAUUGUGGCUGAAAAAGAGACUGAAGUUGAAUUGCCAGAGGACAGUAGCUGUACAGAAGAUUUAAGUUCCUGCACUAGUGUGCCUGAGAUGAACGAAGACGGGAACAGGAAAGAAAACAACUGUGCCAAAGACCUCAGAAGUCAGCCACCUACUGGAACACCAACACUGAUUGACAAAGAGACAAACACUGAUGAAGCUGCUAAUGAUAACAUGGCAGUUCGCCCCAAAGAGCGCAGCAGCCUGAGCUCUAGACAGCGUCCGUUCGUGAGGAGCAGCGUGAUAGUGCGCUCACAGACCUUUUCUCCAGGAGAACGGAGCCAGUACAUCUGCAGGUUAAAUCGGAGUGACAGUGACAGUUCAACCCUGGCUAAAAAAUCACUGUUCGUGAGGAACUCCACCGAACGCCGCAGUUUGAGGGUCAAAAGGACGGUUUGCCAGUCAGUCCUUAGAAGAACAGCACAGGAAUGCCCAGUGCGGACAUCUCUAGACUUAGAACUGGACCUUCAGGCAUCUCUGACCCGGCAGAGCCGCCUCAAUGAUGAGCUGCAGGCACUGAGGGACUUGCGGCAGAAGCUGGAGGAACUGAAAGCUCAGGGAGAGACUGACCUUCCACCAGGUGUGCUGGAGGACGAGAGAUUCCAGAAGCUUCUGAAGCAAGCUGAGAAGCAGGCUGAACAGUCCAAAGAAGAGCAGAAGCAAGGUUUGAAUGCAGAGAAGUUGAUGAGGCAAGUCUCCAAGGACGUGUGUCGGCUCCGGGAGCAGAGCCAGAAGGUGCCUCGGCAGGUGCAGUCCUUCAGGGAGAAGAUUGCCUACUUCACCAGAGCAAAGAUAAGCAUCCCCUCCCUGCCAGCUGAUGAUGUGUGAUUACAUGACUUGAGAAAUUAUUUUUUCAUCUGUUCACUUUCUUAGGGAGGGUAAAAGACUGAAGAUUUGUGGUUUUGUUUUGGUGUUUGGUUUUUUUUUGGUAACAUAACUGUCAACUCUUGAAGAACUUUAUUUCAUAUCAGAUUUUCAACACGUUAAUUUGUAAAGUACCUCGAGUGUAAUUUUUAUGUGCUUAAAAAAGAAAAAAUCAGAUAAGAAAAAUGGGAUAACCUGGUACACAAAUGUUGCCCAGUAUGUGCGCAUUGCCAGUGGACUUUAUUUUGUAAAAAUGGAAUAGAGGCAGUACCCCAUGUGCGUACUGUUGAGCCGACUGUUGAGAAACGACUUGGUUCAGCAGGUGGUUUUGCUUCUCUUUUGUGUUCCUGUGAGUGGGCUGUGCCCAUGGCAGCAGCGCCACGUGGUAUCUGCGCUGGCGAGGAGAGGAGCGCUUUCCAUUUGGAGGCAGUGUGAGCACACGCUGGAGUGCAGCGUUCCAAAGUCCACCUGAAAUGGAUGCUGCUUUCACGGCCAUCACCUGUGCGGGGACACCUGGUUUCCUUAAGACAAUUUUCUUUUUGUCCUUUUAUAUUUUUCUAAAGAAAACUAAGAUAUAAACUACCAAGUGCUCUUAAGAAUAAACAUAAGAAUAAGCAUACAAAGGAGCACUACUCUUGGCUACAUGAAAGAUCUUGGGAUUCAUGACACUGAGGGCCGGGAGAAGAAAGAACACCAGCCACGUAGAGAUACAAAUAAGCUCAUCAAAUGAGCAGCUGGUUUGUCUCACUCAGCCUGAAUUUGCAUAAGUGUUCAAAAGGGAGUUUCUGGCUUGCACCAGUGUUUUGCCCUAAAUCUAAGAAUGGUGCCAAGUGGUGGCCCUGUGUUCUGAGGACAGAGAGAGCUGGAGGUGUGGAGGGAAACGCAUCGGCACUCAUUUGGUAUAACCAAGAAGAGGGGAAAAGAUGUCUUGAUAGAAUCAAAGUUGCCAAAAACAAAAAAGCGUUUAUCCAGCAGAUUUCUAACAUUUAGUAGAAAUUACUUCAUAGCUCUCAUUUUUAGGAGAUUCUAUCUAUAAUUUAUGGUAAAUAGUUGGGAGGCAAAGGGAAGAAUGUACCUGGGGGGAUUAUUAAUUUGAAGUAUAAGCUAAAUUGUUUAUUUAAAAAGCCUAUUUUGGAUGAACAAGUUUAGAGAGAUAAACUGACGAAUGUGUCCUCCAGUUUAGAAUUUCGCCUUACCCGACCCAGGCACUUCUUAAAAAAACAGAUCCUCAGUGCAGCUCUGUGAGCAUCAAGGCUUUUAAAAUAUAUAGUAUUUAGGCCAUGUAAACCAUACUUAUUACUCAGAAACAAUUUUGGGUUAGCUAUCUAAUAUAGCAAAUAAAAUAGAUUUUUUAAAGAAAUCCAAAAUUGUCUUAAAGGAAUGGACCCCUUAAAGAAAAAAAAAGUUGUGUUCCUCAGUUAGAAUGCUCACUAGCAAGAAUUUUUAUUUUCUUGAAAGCAAUUAUAUAUAUUUUGGAAAGUUCGUGUUAUUGGAAUCGAAGUUCAAAUUAAGCAACUUCUGAGCCUAGAACUUUAAUUAUUUUUUCCUAAAUGUCCCACCACUUACAUACAAAUUUCUCUGAAGACAUAACUGGACAUGGCAGACACUACUUUGAACCAAAACCAGCCUAGUGAAUUGACUGAGUACAGUCCUUUAAGGCUGCCCAGUUCAUUCUAUUAGAUGACUAAGGAAAACUAGAAAAAGAAUACAGUUCACCCUUGUCAAGGUCAAAUGUGAAAGGCAGAAGUUUAUUUAACGUAGAGGUAAAUGAAGGUGAGCUGUUUUCAGCGUCUUAGUUUGACCAUGAAAAUGUCGAUAGAAUUAUGUGUAGUUGUUCCGUACGAUUUUAUUUUCUUCAUUUAUUUAUUUACAGUCUUAUUUAUGUUCUGUUUAAUAUAUAGUUUGAUUCUGGCCAUUUUAAAUAUUUGACACAGAAGAGACUAUAUUGGAAUAUUUACAGCUUUAUAAGUCUUUCAUCAGAUUAGCUGUUGACUUUUUGUAAUACAAAAAGUUUCAGACAAGUAUUAAAGAAUAAAAUCUGUCUCAGGCUGGUAGUUAGCAGUUGUGACCAAGAUGCUUUUGGUUGUUGUAUUUCACAAAAUUUCCUCAUUUCUAACAUGAGAGAUGAACUUAUUUUAAUAUAAUCCUUUUUCUACACUUUAAAAGUCAGCAAUAGUGUUAUGUAUUUAUAGGCAGCUUUUAAUAAUCUUGUCAUAUUUGUACUAACCCAAAUGAUUCACAGUGACAAAACAUUUUAAUAACUUGAUCACAAAACCAUAUGGACAAAUAUGAAUUUUAAUAUUAUAAAUACUAUUUUUAAAAGGUAGAAUUUAUUCGCACAGGGUAAAAAGAAUGUAAUAUUUAGUUCUCAAGUUUGAAUUAUCAGUAUAUUAUUACAAUUUUGUAUAUCAGAAUCUUAAGUGUUACAGGUACAAAAAGAAUAUUGCUAGCCAAAUGAACAAAGUUUAGCUAAAUCUCUGUAGCAUGCAAAUCAAAUAAAUUAAAAUUUUUUGCUGUUGCUUUAUCUAUAUUGUAUUAAAUAUCAAAAGCUCAGGACUGAACUUAAUAUUUAAUCAGGUUAAAUUCUGAACAUGUUUCUGUUUUAAUUUGUCUUGUUUGUAAACGUAUGCAAAUACAUCACAUAGAUUAACUGGUUUCUGCACUUUCCAUGUGUUUGUGGGUGGAAAAAAAUUCAGUGGGUUUUUAAAAAAAAAAAAAACAAA